CUGUACAACAGGUUGGGCAAGGUGGGGGUGCACAUGUACGUAGUGGUAUCGGUAUUCUUUAGUGCGGAUAGAAGGGAGUUGGAGGCAGUUGAAAGAACAUUGAUUAGAAUGUGGUCACCGUCCCUCAACUCAAAGGGGGUAAAGCGAAGAUCAAGGAGGCGUAGGAGACCAGGAAGGAAAGAGCGACGAGAGGCUGUUGCGAGCAAGGUGAAAGGGAGUGGGGAGGAGAAAACAGAGAGGAAAGUCGAAGGGAACAACACGAUAGUAGCGUUGAGAAGGGAUGGAGGGGAAAGGACAGUAAGGGUGAUCGAACUUCUACGGAGUUUGGCAAAGGUCCCGCGCGGAGUCAAGACACGUAUGUGGUCGGAUGGCGGGCGGAGCUGGGCGGACAAUUGGCGAGUUGUACGACGAACCUUUGGGGAAUCACGGGUGAUAGUGGGCAAACGCACUAGGCCGUUACGGAAGUGCAAGAAGCUGUUCGGGGUGGAAGGAUGGAUUAUGGUUCGGGAUGUGGUGGAAGCGACGCCAAGAACAUUGAAGCUGAAGCAGGAGCUGGUGAGUAUUUUCAAGGACAGGCGGAAGAUGCGGCUGCUGUACAGCAAAACGCAAGAAGAACUAGUCAACUAUUACGCGGCGGCGAAACUGUUUUCUGAAAAGAGGAGUAGAUCCAGAGGGAGACGGGUGAUUUCCGACGUGUUAAGGAGGAGCUUUGGGCUGAGCAUUCGAAGGAGGAUAGUUGUGAAGGUCGAGUUUGAUGAGAGGAUUAAGAAGAGCAAGGUAGUGAAUCUGACGCGGCAAGGGAUUGGGAGACUGCCUCUCAAUAAUGCGAUUGCGGGAAUGGUGCGUAGACGCAAUCAUGUCGUUUGGACGAGAAGUCCGAACGUGGGUGAUAUAAUCCAUAAUCACCGACGUUUUGCGGCGGAUGGAGUCUCUGAGUGCAUCUGCACUAGCAUGCCCCUCCCAAAAGAGGGUGGGCACGUCCAUUUCCGUAUUGGCAAUUGGGAUGGAUGUCCGACGAUAGCCCGUAACGCUAAGAAUGUACCGCGGAAUGUGAAGGAUGGUCUGGUGGCGAGACUGUCGAAGAAACUAGCUGACAACUUUGCUGACCUGAGCUGGUUGGGAAAGGGAAUGGGACAGAUGGAGUUUGCGCAGGAGGAGAUUGAGAUAUGUGUGUCGAAGAGUAGGACAGACAACUGUGAUGAUGCAGACGCGGUUCAGCGAGUGCGUGAAGGACUGAAUGGGCUGGUGUGUUGCCCUUUGGAUCGCAAUCCUGGGGACACUCUGGUCAUGUGUCCGGUCACGUACGCAGAAGGGAUGAAAACGACCUCUACAGCUAAUGAUGGCUACGUAAUUCGAGAGGAAUCGGAGGACGAGAUUAUCAAUCUUUUGCACACUGAGUAUGGAAAAAGGAAAUUUGGGCAGAUUGGAGAAUGGAAGAAGGAUGGAAAAUUGGGCAGGGCUUAUAUUCUUCCUAAACAUAAGGAUACGGCUAAAUAUCGGCCAAUCUACCCAACUUUCAGUGAGCCUAGUGGGAGGGCUUGCAAGAAGGUGGCUCGUGCUUUGAAUGGAAUGUUGUUCUCGGUCCCUGAGAGUAAACAUUUUAAUUUGAAGUCUGUGUCUGAGUUGUGUGACCGCCUUAUCGGAAUUAAUCAGCGUAUGCGUCGUGCUUAUAAGGAUGUGCAGGUGUUGAGCGACUCCUACGAUAUCAAAGAUAUGUUUAGCAGACUCCCCCAUGCGACGAUUGUGAGUGUUGUGGAUUGGUUCAUUUGGUGGUUUGGGUCGAAAGGCCUACAGGGUGUCUUUGUUAGCAAGAGGGGUAAAGGGACGAUGUUUAGCAAAGGGAAGAGUGUGGAUGGUUUUCAAUUUAUAAAUUUUGGGAUGAUUCGGGAGUUUGUUCUUUUUGAAUUGGGAGGGUGUUUCACAGUGGCAAGGAGGGUAAUCCUGCAACAGGUUGUCGGUAUUCCCAUGGGAAAAUCGACUAGCCCACCACUUGCAUGCAUGAUGUGUGCGAAAGCAAAAUGGGAUUUUUUUGUUACACUAGGGAAUGACAGACGUCUUGUGGCAAAGCUUCGCUAUGUGGAUGAUCCAUCGGUGUUUGUAGCCUUUGAUUCCCGACGACCGGAAUCGAGAAGGAAAGCAGAGGAGAUCAUUGAAAGCUUUGAAGUUUGCUACAACAAAGCUUUGCCCUGAGGAAAACUGAUGAUGGGAAGGAUUCCUAGGAUUUCCUGGGAUGUC